AUGGCUUACAAUCUUCAACCCCUCGUCUCCAUCCUUCAACAAAUCUUGAAUCCUGAACAAUCACGCUGGAUUCUUGAUCACAACAAACCACAACUCCAAUCCCUCCUCCAAAAAGCUGCUUCUCUGCACCAGAUUCUCGAAAAAUCUUCACUCCCCAAAAAUAUAGAGAAUUUGGAAAGUCAAAUCCAAGAAGCAGCACAUAGAGCAGAAGAUAUCAUUGAAUCUCAGAUGGUUGCUCAAAUGCUUUCCAGCCCUAAAGGCGUGAGCUUUACUUUUUCAACACCAGAUCUACAACAAGUAAUGCAACAACUUGAUUCUGUAAUGGAACAAGUGGUGAAGCUCGCGGAGGGGAAGACGAUGUCGAGUGGCAGUUCAACGAGUGGUGCUUCUCUGUUGCAAGAUCCGAGCUCGAAGAGCAUCGUGGUGGGAGUCGAUGAAGAUCUGGCGAAGUUGAAGGAUCGGCUGACCGGGAUGCAAAGCAAGCUGGAGAUCGUGCCCAUCGUAGGUAUGGGUGGUAUAGGUAAAACCACUCUUGCUCGAAAGCUUUAUGAAGAUCCUUCCAUUGUUGAGCACUUUAGCUAUCUUGCUUGGACCACAAUUUCACAAGAUUACAAUAUGCGGUCAAUUCUAUUAAGCCUUCUCCGCUGUAUAAUUGGAAAAGAAGAAUGUGACAAACAUAAUGAAAAGGUAGAUAGUGAGUUAAAAGAUAUCUUGUAUAGGAGCUUGUAUGGUAGAAUAUACAUGAUUGUAUUAGAUGAUAUAUGGAGCACCACAUUUUGGGAUGAGAUAAGGAUGUACUUCCCGGACAACAACAACAGGAGUCGGAUUGUGAUCACCACUAGGGAAUCAGAUGUCGCCAAAUAUGCAGACUCGAAGAAUCUGCAGCAUCAGGUGCAGUUGUUGAGCGAGUCUCAAAGUUGGGAUCUUCUUAGCCAAAUUGUGUUUGGAGAAGAGGAUUGCCCUCAUGAACUGCAAGGGAUUGGAGAGAAGAUUGCGAGUGAUUGCAGUGGGCUUCCUCUAGCUAUCAGUGUGAUUGGAGGGCUGUUGUCAAAGGUGGAAAGGUUAAAAGAGGCUUGGGAGAAUAUUGGGAACGACGUAAGAGCUGCAAUUGGUGAAUCAGACAAGCAGUUCUCCAAUAUACUAUCCUUAAGUUAUAACCAUUUGCCGGUUCACUUGAAGCCAUGUUUCCUAUAUAUGGGAGCAUUCCCUGAAGAUUACCAGAUUAAGGCCUCAAAACUCAUUUGUAUGUGGAUAGGUGAAGGAUUUGUGAAAUCUAAUGGAGAAAAAAGUUUGGAAGAAGAGGCAGAGGAAUAUUUAAAGGCACUCAUCGAGAGGAAUCUACUUUUGGUUAGACGUUCUAAUUGGUAUGGAAAAGCAAAGGGGUACAGCAUGCAUGAUGUUUUGAGAGAUUUAUGCAUGAGGAAAGCUGAUGAUGAGAAGUUUCUACAUGUCAAGAAUUCUGCAGAGGUCACAUUCUCUAACACGCGUCGUGUGAGUAUUGACAAAUCAUAUGGAAUGGAAGAUACUUAUGAGUAUGCUUCAUCAGGGAUGUCACUUGCUCGAUCAUUUCUAUUCUUUAUCGAGGUGGAUCAGAUUCUACCUCCCAUGGUUUUCACAUUAAGCUUGCUUAGGGUGUUGGAUUUAUUGGAAAUGCAUAAGGAUAAGAUUAAGUUCCUGGAAGAAAUAUUACAACUCGUGAACUUACGCUACUUAGCUAUCAGCUGCAAUUCAUUACCUAGAAGUGGAAUCUCAAGAUUGUGUAAUUUGCAAACAUUGAUUGCUAAUCUAUUCGACCACUCUGCCCCAGCUGACUUGUGGGAGAUGUCUGAGUUAAGACAUCUCAUCAUGUUGAAUAGGCCACUCUGUAUAGGAGAUGAUUACAUGAAAAAAAUUGUUCUGAAGAAGCUGCAGGCGAUAUGGAGUGUGAGGCUAAAUCUGUCAGUGAUUAGAAGGGGUUUCUUGGAAAGCAUUCCAAAUGUAAAAAGACUGGGAAUCAGAAUUAGUUCUGGAGUGUUGUGUAAUAACUCCGGUAGCGACGACGGCUCUGUGUGCACUACCAAAUCUGGAAUUGCUCAAGCUACUCAAAUGUGA